AUGACUGCAAGGUCCUGUUUCAAUCACUGGCGUCAGACGGACGCACGACACCAACUCAAACCUUUUCACCUUCUCCUCAACAACGUAAAUAUUGAUCGGGAAAAGCGGAGGCAGUCAGCGAGCAACUUGUGGGAGUUUUAAUUUGAAAGCGCUCCACGGGAUUUAAAGAAUAUCCCUCGUCGUGUCACUUUGAGGGUCCGAGGGAUUUUUUUCGCUUUAACCACGGAGUGCACGGAGUGGGAGAUAAAAACUUUCCCCCUCUGGCGUUAUUAUAUUCGGUGGCUCGUAAAAGCACACCCGCCUGUGACCUUCACGAUUUACAUUGUCGCGACUUUCACCGGAUUCAAGAUAAUUCGCCACAACUCAAGGAUCCGACUUUUUCCCUUUUUCUUUGAAUGCGUUGCAAAUAUGAUGAUGUCACCGACGCCACUUUUUCCUGAAGUUAUGGCGGAGCACAACUUUUCUAACUUCUCUUGACCAUUGAGUGCACUUGGCUUUACUAAUGGAGCACCUCCAGGGAGCGUGGAAGACCCUGAGCAACGGCUUCGGAAUGAAGGACUCCGCGUUCGAGGGCCCGUGCCUCUCCCCGACUAUGGUCCAAGGCUUCCCCUGCCAGCGUCGCUCCUCAGAUGACAGCAAGAUGCCUGACUCCAAGACUAGCAGCACUAUUCGUGUCUACCUCCCGAACCAGCAGCGCACUGUGGUGAACGUGCGACCAGGUAUGACUCUGCACAAUUGCCUGAUUAAAGCGUUAAAGGUGCGAGGUCUGCAGCCUCAGUGCUGCGCUGUCUUCCGGCUGCACCCAGGACAGAGGAGUAAAAAAUUUCGGAUGGAUUGGAACACUGACUCCACCUCCCUGAUUGGAGAAGAGCUACUGGUUGAGGUUUUAGAUCACGUUCCCUUGACGACGCAUAAUUUUGUCCGGAAAACAUAUCUGAAACUAGCGUUCUGCGAUAUUUGCCAGAAGUUUCUUUUGAAUGGUUUCCGUUGCCAAACUUGCGGCUACAAAUUCCAUGAGCAUUGUAGCACCAAAGUGCCCACAAUGUGUGUGGACUGGAGCAAUAUCAGACAACUGCUGUUGUGUCCAACACCUGGUGAGAGCGGUGCCCCGUCACUGCCCCCGCUGACGUCCCGGCGAAUGAGAGAAUCUUUAACACGGUUUCCAAGCUCAGCCCACCGAUAUUCCACCCCCCAUGCCUUCAACUACACCGCGCCUUACACGCCCACAGGCGGCGGGCUCUCCCAGAGGCAGCGCUCCACUUCCACGCCCAACGUCCACAUGGUUAGCACUACCCUGCCUGUAGACAGCAGCAUGAUCGAGCUAGACUGCCUGAAUACGUCCCCAAGCUCCUGGUGCCAUAGAUUCUGGCUGAAGAGGAAAGUAGGUAUUGUGCACUUCCCCCAGUCUUUUGUUGAAGCCUCAUCCGAGAGUCCAGAAAAGGAUGCAAUGCGUGAUCAUGACUCGGCGGGGAGUUCCCCCAAUCAGAGCCCUACUGGCUGGACCCAGCACCAGCCCAAAGCCCCUGCACCUGCCCAGCGAGAGAGGGCCCCGUCCUUCAACACUCAGGAGAAAAAUAAAAUUAGGCCCCGGGACAAGCGGGACUCGAGUUACUACUGGGAGAUCGAGGCCAGCGAGGUGUAUCUCAACUCCCGCAUCGGUUCAGGCUCAUUUGGAACCGUGUACAAAGGGAAAUGGCAUGGUGAUGUAGCAGUGAAGAUUUUAAAGGUGACCGACCCCACACCAGAGCAGUUCCAGGCUUUCAGAAAUGAAGUGGCAGUCCUGAGGAAGACACGACAUGUCAACAUCCUGUUGUUCAUGGGCUACAUGACGAAGGACAACCUGGCCAUUGUGACCCAGUGGUGUGAGGGCAGCAGCCUCUACAAGCACAUUCACGUCCUGGAGACAAACUUUAAGAUAAUCCAGCUCAUAGACAUCGCCAGGCAGACAGCACAGGGCAUGGACUAUCUGCAUGCAAAGAACAUCAUCCAUCGUGACAUGAAGUCCAACAACAUCUUUUUGCAUGAAGGACUAACAGUAAAAAUUGGAGACUUUGGUCUGGCAACAGUGAAGGCCAGAUGGAGCGGCUCACAUCAGGUGGAGCAGCCUUCUGGAUCCAUUCUCUGGAUGGCUCCUGAGGUUAUCCGGAUGCAGGAUAACAACCCGUACAGUUUCCAGUCUGACGUCUAUUCCUAUGGAAUUGUUCUCUUUGAGCUCAUGACGGGAGAGCUCCCAUACUCCCAGAUAGCAACUAGAGAUCAGAUAAUCUUCAUGGUGGGAAGAGGCUAUUUGUCCCCAGACCUCAGUAAGCUCUACAAGAACUGCCCCAAAGCCAUGAAAAGGUUGGUGGCUGACUGCAUCAAGAAGUCCAAGGAUGAGAGGCCGCUCUUCCCGCAGAUCUUGUCCUCGAUUGAGCUUCUCCAGCAUGCCCUACCUAAGAUAAACCGCAGUGCCUCAGAACCGUCCCUGCACAGAGCCUCUCACACUGAGGAUAUCAAUGCCUGUACUCUGACCUCCACCAGACUGCCUGUUUUCUAGACACCCAGACAGCACUGCCCCUCCUCCUCUCCUUACACGCCCCCCCAUCCUUCUCUUUUGAAAUAUCCAAAAUAGCCCAAAUGCUCAGUACGCUCUGAAAUCUCUACACACAGAUGCAAACAUAGACCUAAAAAUGUACAUGCAAUCAUACAUAAACCCAUGCUAAUCAGUAGAAUAUGUAAGGAAGAGAGGAGAGAGGGAGGUGCAGGGAGAAGUGCAUCUGAGAUUUUCUAUGGAAGGGAGUGAGCGAUGAUGGCUCGCAGUGGGAUGUGCACAUGAAGACGCCGGCAUAAGAUACAUCCAGGUGGUGCCUUGCUUAUCGCUGCACGUAUUAAGAAGUAUGCAGAGGCUCCACAGUGGCAAUGCAUUUGGUAAAAUUUGUAAAUACAUGCACGCACACCUACCUAAGAUGACGAUUAAUGGACACUGAAGGAAGCUCAAGAGACAGACGGACGUGUCUCUCUUGAUUUGGAUUCUGUGAUGUGAAGCACACCCUUCUAUCCGGCCGCCCUCGGUUUCUGAUGAAGAGGACUUUUUAAAGCUUACAUGCCUUAAGAGGAAACAAAGCCUGGACUUAAGAUCCCGCACAAUUCACCUCCUCUUGUUAUCACAAACAAAGCAGUUGGAUGUAGUCCAUUUAGUUGCACAGCAGUAGUUGAUUUUGCAUUGUCUUAAAUGAUAAUGGCGUAGACAUGGGAAAUUGUUGUCUUCUUUUGUUCUUUUCUUCUUUUAAUUGUCUUUAUUUUUGGGUCAUUUCUUCAGAGGAAUUAUAGCCUGUCAGCGAGCAUGAGUGAUGAUGGAAAAAUUGAAUUUGCACAUUCUAGCAAAAGCAAUGGUUGUGUUUCAACAGUCUACACGUCGGCUUCAGAGCCUCGUGAGUAAAGUGAUCUGUAGAUAGCCACACGUUCUUAUCAGUCCUCACCAGGUGAUCACGAGCUGGACAUUUGGCGGUUGUCUUAAAUGUUUAAAAUGAUUUGGAAACUAAUUUGUAUUUGUUGUCUUUUGAUGUCUCUUUCAAGAGGUUAAACGUUUUAUUGUGUACUUGGUGAGAAAGUUGUCUAUUCAAUAUUUUAAUAAAAUUAAGUUAAAUUCCUUUGCCAAA